UCGGUUCAUAUAAAACACAUAAAGAUAAAUAAUACAUUACUAACAAUGUUUCAAUACCUAUUCGUGCUUUUUAUCAAGGUUAAUCUAAAUAUUCUCUAAUUAAUAAAGUACUAAUAUUAUAAUUAUUUUUAAGCAAGAAAAAACAUAAUUUAUUUAAUAGUAUAAAAAAAAAAAAUACUUUUACAUUUCAAAAUAUCAAAAAUUAUUAACAUCGAAACUAAACAUCACUGAAAAUUUAAUUUUGAUCACGCAUAACAUGUGACACGGGUGACAAAUUAGACAAUUUGGUUGCAUUGAAUGGACUAUUGUUAAGUUCAUUCGCUUCAUUUAUAUAAUUUUCAUCGUUUAAAUAAUGUGUUUCUCUAUGAAGCGAUUUAGCACUUGGUAGGUCUUCUUUGGUCCCAUCAUUUGACACAGUUUUAUUAUCUAAAUAAAACUGUGUAGUGAAAUCCUUACCAUUUAUUAUAUCAUUAAUAAAGGCUAGAACAGGAUUGUACGUUACUUGGAUUUUCUUCCUCAAUAGUUCAGUGGAAUAAGCGUUUCUAUAUAUUUCUUUGGAAUUUUUUAGGCCUAGUGGUUUUCUAGUAAACGUGAAAUUAUGUAUUUUCAAUCGGGAUCUUGGCUUUAAAUAUUCAUGUACCUCCGGUUUCGUAGCAUGGAAAAACAAAAGAGCUGCACUGUAAUAUAUAUCAAUUGCAUUUCCAUUGGUCCUAUACACUACUUCUCUUUUCCAGCCAAAAUAAUCAAAUGGCCUAUUUGAAUUGGGAUCCAUUGGCUAUAGAAAGGCUGUAUAAAAUUCUUCUUUAUCCCAAGUUAAAUAGGCCAUUUGAUUUUGGCUGGAGACGAGAAGUGGUGCAUAGGGCCAAUGGAAAUGCAAUUGAUAUCUAUUACUUUGCGCCAGAAAACAUAAAGCUACGAUCAAAACCGGAAGUCAAUGAAUACUUAAAGCCAAAAACCCGAUUGAAAAUACAUCAUUUCACGUUUGCAAGAAAACCACUAGGUUUAGUGGUGCAUAGGGCCAAUGGAAAUGCAAUUGAUAUCUAUUACUUUGCGCCAGAAAACAAAAAGCUACGAUCAAAACCGGAAGUCAAUGAAUACUUAAAGCCAAAAACCCGAUUGAAAAUACAUAAUUUCACGUUUGCAAGAAAACCACUAGGUUUAGACAAUUCCAAGGAAAUAUGCAGAAACGCUUAUUCCACUGAAAGAGCUGAAAAUAAUCGUGGUGGAAACGGUAUAAAUAAUGUAGAAAACCAAAUUGUACAGUUAACUAUUGAAGAAGAUAAUACACAUAAUGUACAAUCCUGUUCUAAGAGUACUGGCAAAAUUGUAGAAUCAGAUAAAGUUGUUUAUCUGAAACAAAUAUGCGUUUAGAUAGUAACGGUUGGUCGGCGAUUUCAGUUUAAAAAGAGAUCAAAUGAAGAAAAUCAAGCUAAACUAGUCUUUAUUAAUGAUAGAAUAAAUGGUAAGAAUUUCACUACACAGUUUUUUUAGAUAAUAAAACUGUGUCAAAUGAUGAGACAAAAGAAGACCUACCAAGUGCUAAAUCGCUUCAUAAAGAAUUACAUUAUUUAGACGAUGAAAAAUAUGUAAAUGAAGCAAAUGAACUUAACAAUAAUUCAUUCAAGUCAACUAAAUUAUCUGGUUUGUCACUUGUGUCACAUGUUAUGCGUGAUCGAAAUUACCCGAUUUAUAUAUGUAUGGAACUCGUGGAUAACACA